GCUGAUUGCACUUGUUGACCAAAAAGCAAUGCACGAUUUUGUGCUAAUUUCCUAAUUAUUAUUAUUAAUUCCUAAUUAAAAAUGCUGGAAAAGGUUAAAAAUGUUAUCGUAGUGCUCUCCGGAAAAGGCGGAGUUGGUAAAUCCACAGUGAGCACCCAAUUGUCGCUGGCCCUGCGAAAGAAUGGAUUCAAAGUUGGCUUGCUCGAUAUAGAUCUGUGUGGACCCAGUGUGCCAUAUCUUUUGGGCUUGGAGGGACGUGAUAUAUUCCAGUGCAGCGAGGGAUGGGUUCCCAUCUAUACGGAUGAAUCCCAAACCCUGGCCGUGAUGUCCAUUGGUUUCCUUUUGAAGAACCGCGAGGACCCGGUCAUUUGGCGCGGUCCCAAAAAGACCAUGAUGAUCCGACAAUUCCUCACCGAUGUGAGGUGGGAUGAGUUGGAUUACCUAAUCAUCGACACACCGCCCGGCACUUCGGAUGAGCACAUUACCGUGAUGGAGUGCCUGAAGGAGGUGGGAUGUCAUGGAGCCAUCAUAGUGACCACUCCGCAGGAGGUGGCCUUGGAUGACGUGCGCAAGGAGAUCACCUUCUGCAAGAAAACCGGCAUCAGGAUCAUGGGCAUCGUCGAGAAUAUGAGUGGGUUCGUGUGCCCCCAUUGCACCUCGUGUACCAAUAUUUUCUCCUCAAACGGCGGCGCUGCAUUGGCCGCGCACACCGAAGUACCACAUCUCGGGACCCUGCCCAUAGAUCCACGAGUGGGCGUUUUGGCGGGCAGCACUGUUUCCGUAUUGGACGAGCUACCGGAUUCUACGACGGCGGCGGUGUUCACUAAUCUAGUUGAGAAAUUGAAAUCGCUUUCAGUUACCUAAAUACAAUAAAAUACAUUUUACGGCAGAUGUUUACUAAACUAA